AUGCUCAAGUGGUGUCCUAGCAGUGUGUGUUGUCUGUCCCCCCUGCUGUUCCACUGUGAGGUGGGGGCAGGACACGGGGACGAUAGCCAACUCAGUCACGGAGACGAACUGGAGACCAGCUACACAGAGAAACCACAGAGCUAUAACAUACAGGUAUGUCAGUGUGUAUGUGUUGCAGCAGGCCCACUAACAGAGCCCACAGGGUUAGAUAGGGUUUAAAUGGUAGUACAUGUGAUUAGUCCUACUUUAAUGACUAGCCUCGUCUGUCUGACUGACUGGUUGACUGACAAGAUCCAACUGACACAGUCUGGACUGAGAAAGAGAGUGAGGGGAGAAGGAGAGGAGAACGGAAUGAAUGGGUGACUAAGGACUGACAGAGUCUGAAGGAGAGGUUGAGGGAGGGUGAGAUGGAUGACAUAGUUUUGUGUUUAUUUGUCUAUGAGUUUCCAGCCUCAAGGGUUGACCUCAGACUUCACCUCGUUUACACACCAGUAAAUUGUCUGUCUUUGUUUUCGUUCCAGUUUGUUGUCAUGUCUCAUGUCCUUCCCCCCCCCCUUUCUCUCGCUCUCUCUCAAUUCAAUUCAAUUCAAUUUAAGGGCUUUAUUGGCAUGGGGAAAAUAAACAAUACAAAUUUACAUUAAACAUUAUACUCAGAAGUUCCAAAAGAAUAAAGACAUUUCAAAUGUCAUAUUAUGAAUAUAUACAGUGUUGUAACAAUGUGCAAAUAGUUAAAGUACAAAUGGGAAAAUAAAUAAACAUACAUAUGAGUUGUAUUUACUAUGGUGUUUGUUCUUCACUGGUUGCCCUUUUCCUGUGGCAACAGGUCACAAAUCUUGCUGCUGUGAUUGCACACUGUGGUAUUUCACCCAAUAUGGGAGUUUAUCAAAAUUGGGUUUGUUUUCGCAUUCUUUGUGGAUUUGUGUAAUCUGAGGGAAAUAUGUGUCUCUAAUAUGGUCAUACAUUUGGCAGGAGGUUAGGAAGUGCAGCUCAGUUUCCACCUCAUUUUGUGGGCAGUGUGCACAUAGCCUGACUUCUCUUGAGAGCUAGGUCUGCCUACGGCGGCCUUUCUCAAUAGCAAGGCUAUGGUCACUGAGUUUGUACAUAGUCAAAGCUUUCCUUAAGUUUGGGUCAGUCACAGUGGUCAGGUAUUCUGCCACUGUGUACUCUCUGUUCAGGGCCAAAUAGCAUUCUAGUUUGCUCAGUUUUUUUGUAAAUUCUUUCCAAUGUGUCAAGUAAUUCUCUUUUUGUUUUCUCAUGAUUUGGUUGGGUCUAAAUGUGUUGUUGUCUUAGGGAUCUGUGGGGGUCUCUCUCUCUCUCUCUCUCUCUCUCUAUCUCUCUCUCUCUCUCUCUCUCUCUCUCUCUCUCUCUCUCUCUCUCUCUCUCUCUCUCUCUCUCUCUCUCUCUCUCUCUCUCUCUCUCUCUGUCUGGCAGUAUGAGCUGAUAAGAUGCUGAGAUUCUGCCUGUGUUUUUUUACCUGGGGGCACAAAUACAGCUACAGCUGUACACACGUACACACACACACACAAAUAAACACACACACAAACACACAGGAGGAUAAUAAGAAUUUGUGUGAUGACCCUACUACACACAAAUACAGCUACAGCUGUACCCACACACACAUACAGACACAUACACACUCUGGGAAUUAGAUUGUGUAUGCCGUGAUGGAGCGAUGAAUUCGUUGCUGGACCAGAGGUGCUUCUCUCUCUUAUUACAAUCACUGCUACUGUUAAUGAGAGAGAGGGAGAGAAAUAAAAGAGGUGGGACGAGAGCGAGAGCUUAUUGCUAUAUGCUACAGUGAGAGAGAUGGAAUAGGUGGGAGAGAGGUGCGAGAAAAGGAAGAGUGGGAAGGACUGAGGAAGGGAGACGGAUACAAGGUGAAAGAAGGAAGAGGUGGGAUGAGACAGAGUGAUAAGCAGAUAGAAGGAAGGGAGAUAGAGAGAAGGACGUGUGUGAGAGAGGCUGCUCCUUGGUAUACAGCAUAUCAUCGGGAGAGACAGACAGAAAGAGGAAGUGUUCUGUGCCUCACCACUCCUUCUAGCCGUUGUCAAAAGGGAGACUAGACACGUUUAUCUAGUCUAUGUCUGUAUACAUUUGUAAUAGACUGUCCCUCUCCCUUUCACUCUCUCUUCUCUUUGUCUCUCUCUCUUUCUUUCUCUCAGUCUUGCCCUCUCUCUCCAGCACACACACACAUAUAGGCCAUUCCCUUGUAUGCAUGCCCAAACACUUUUAUCAGGGGAUCAUUGUUGAAAAGACAAGAUAGAGUUAAGCCCUAUGAAGGACACCGCAAUUGUUUAAAGGGGAAUGGAAACACUUCAGGAAGUAAUGCUGAGCAAAGGGAUGUAUUCAAUCCACUAAUACUAAACAUGUGCUUGUAACAUAGAGACAUCUAUAUUUUAAGUAUUUGAUCAUGAACAACGUUUAUUAGAGGUAUGGGUAGCACCAUCUUGAAUUGCCAUGGUAUUGGCUGAUGCCAAUGCAUCAUUGGUAGGAGUGAGCAAUGAAUGCUGUAAAUGUAAAUGUGAUAUUUCCGUUUUUUAUUUUAAAGAAAUUAGCAAACUUUUCUAAAAACCAGUUUUUGCUUUGUCAUUAUGGGGUAUUGUGUGUAGAUUGAAAAAAACAUUUAAUCCAUUUUAGAAUAAGGCUGUAACGUAAAACAAAAUGUGGAAAAAGUGAAGGGGUCUGAAUACUUUCUGAAUGCACUGUGGGUACUAGUAAUGGGACUCCUAGUAACCACCAGUAGCUCAGAUUGUCACUGGUCUUUUCCCCUUUCUUGCAUGCUUUUAAUUUGUUCCCAUUCGGACUCUUUAUGUAUUAGACUAUAGGCCUAGUGGAAUGUAUGUAAGAAGAAAUUGAAGUUCAUAAAUCCUGUUCAAUUUUGAUAACAAUAUCCCUGAGAUUAAUGUUAUAUAAUAUUAUGGGGGCGGCAGGUAGCUUAGUGGUUAAGAGCGUUGUGCCAGUAACCGCUUUGCUGCCUCAGGACCUGGACGACUUGCCUUAAUAGAAGGAACCAUGAAUUCUGCUCUGUAUCAGAGAAUUCUACAGGAGAAUGUCAGACCAUCCGUCUGUGAGCUGAAGCUGAAGCGCAGCUGGGUCAUGCAGCAAGACAAUGAUCCAAAACACACAAUGAAGUCUACAUGAAAAUUGCUAAAAAGCAACAAAUUCGAAGUUUUGGAAUGGCCUAGUCAAAGUCCAGACCUAAUCCCAAUUGAGAUGUUGUGGCAGGACUUGAAACGAGCAGUUCAUGCUUGAAAACCCACACGUCACUGAGUUAAAGCAGUUCUGCAUGGAAGAGUGGGCCAAAAUUCCUCCACAGCGACGUGAGAGACUGAUCAACAACUACAAGAAGCAUUUGGUUGGAGUCAUUGCAGCUAAAGGUGGCACAACCAGUUAUUGAGUGUAAGGGGGCAAUUACUUUUUCACACAGGGGAAUUGGGUGUUGCACAACUUUGUUUAUGAAAUAAAUUAAAUAAAUAUGUAAUUGUUGUGUUAUUUGUUCACUUAUGUUCCCUUUAUCUAAUAUUAGGUUUUGGUUGAAGAUCUGAUAACAUUCAGUAUCACAAAUAUGCAAAAGUAGAGAAAAUUAGAAAAGGGGGCAAAUACUUUUUCAUAGCACCGUAUAUCAGCUGUCAUGACAUCAGAGCCAGUCUCUAGACGUGUGUGUGUGUGUGUGUGUUUGUGUGUGUGUGUGUGUGUCUGUUUGCCAGGAUAGAUAGCUGAAUUAUGACAGUUAAAAGGUCCAAUCUGCUAUGCAAAUUCCCUUUAUAAAGGGGACCAGGCUUAACUGGCGCGUGUGUGUGUCUGACGUAUCUACCCUUACCACCGAGCAGAGUCCCUUGAGCAGUGCCCAGCAUUGAACACUCACAUACACACACACACACACACACACACACAGUGAAGGUGUGAACAGCGCUGUGAAACAUAUGGGGCCAUUUUCACCUUGUCCACCAGGAUAGUCAAACACACCACACACUCACACAUGCGCUGUCAAACCUGUCAGUUUGUGUGUGUUCACCCAUAGUGAUUCGCUAUGGUGGGGAACCCACCUGUCUGUGUGUCUGGUUCCCUUAGGACAUAUUUAGGGGUUGUGCUGACACACAGGGCAGCAUGCCACUGUUAAGCCUUCUGUCACUGAUGUCGCUCUCUCUCUCUCACUUUCCCUCUCUCUUUCUCUCUCUCUCUCUCUCUCUCUCUCGCUCUCUCUCUCUCUCUCUUUCGCUCAAUCUUUCGCUCUUUCUCUUUUUCUCUCCCUCUCUCUCUUUCUCUCUCCCUUUCUCGCUCUCCCUCUCUGUCUUAGUCUGCAUAUACACUGAGUGUACAAAACAUCCUUUUUCCAUGACAUAGACUGACCAGGUGAAUCCAGGUGAAAGCUAUGAUCCCUUAUUAAUGUCACUUGUUAAAUCCACUUCAGUCAGUGUAGAUGCAGGGGAUGAGACAGGUUAAAGAAGGAUUUUUAAGCCUUGAGACAAUUGAGACAUGGAUUGUUUAUGUGUGCCAUUCAGAGGGUGAAUGGGAAAGACAAAAUAUUUAAGUGCUUUGAAAGGAGUAUGGUAGUAGGUGCGAGGCGCACCGGUAUGUGUCAAGAACUGCGAUGAUGCUUGGUUUUUCGCGCUCAACAGUUUCCCAUGUGUAUCAAGAAUGGUCCACCACCCAAAGUACAUCCAGCCAACUUGAUACAACUGUGGGAAGCCUUGGAGUCAAUAUGGGCCAGCAUCCCUGUGGAAUGCUUUCGACACCUUGGGGGGAGGGGGAGGUGGGGGUGGGGGGGGGGUUCCUAAUGUUUGGUAUACUCAAUGUACAUACACUACCGGUCAAAAGUUUUAGAACACCUACUCAUUCAAGGGUUUUUCUACGUUGUAACUACAUCAAAACUAUGAAAUAACACAUAUGGAAUCAUGUAGUAACCAAGAAAGUGUUAAACAAAUCAAAAUAUAUUUGAGAUUUGAGAUUCUUCAAAUAGCCACCCUUUGCCUUGAUGACAGCUUUGCACACUCUUGGUAUUCUCUCAACCAGCUUCAUGAGGUAAUCACCUGGAAUGCAUUUCAAUUAACAGGUGUGCCUUCUUAAAAGUGAAUUUGUGGAAUUUUUUUUCCUUAAUGCGUUUGAGCCAAUCAGUUGUGUUGGGACAAGGUAGGGGAGGUAUACAGAAGAUAGCCCUAUUUGGUAAAAGACCAAGUCCAUAUUAUGGCAAGAACAGCUGAAAUAAGCAAAGAGAAAUGACAGUCCAUCAUUACUUUAAGACAUGAAGGUCAGAAAAUAAGGAACAUUUCAAGAACUUUGAAAGUUUCUUCAAGUGCAGUCGCAAAAACCGUCAAGUGCUAUGAUGAAAUUGGCUCUCAUGAGGACCGCCACAGGAAUGGAAGACUCAGAGUUACCUCUGCUGCAGAGGAUAUGUUCAUUAGAGUUACCAGCCUCAGAAAUUGCAGCCCAAAUAAAUGUUUCACAGAGUUCAAGUAACAGACACAUCUCAACAUCAACUGUUCAGAGGAGACUGUGUGAAUCAGGCCUUCAUGGUCGAAUUGCUGCAAAGAAACCACUGCUAAAGGACACCAAUAAUAAGAAGAGACUUGCUUGGCCAAGAAACACGAGCAAUGGACAUUAGACCGGUGGAAAUGUGUCCUUUGGUCUGGAUUUUUGGUUCUAACCGCCGUGUCUUUGUGAGACGCGGUGUGGGUGAACGGAUGAUCUCUGCAUGUGUAUUUCCCACCGUAAAGCAUGGAGGAGGAGGUGUGAUGGUGUGGGGGUGCUUUGCUGGUGACAUUUUCUGUGAUUUAUUUAGAAUUCAAGGCACACUUAACCAGCAUGGCUACCACAGCAUUCUGCAGCGAUACGCCAUCCCAUCUGGUUUGGGCUUAGUGGGACUAUCAUUUGUUUUUCAACAGGACAAUGACCCAACACACCUCCAGGCUGUGUAAGGGCUAUUUUACCAAGAAGGAGAGUGACGGAGUGCUACAUCAGAUGACCUGGCCUCCACAAUCCCCCGACCUCAACCAAAUUGAGAUGUUUGGGAUGAGUUGGACCGCAGAGUGAAGGAAUAGCACCCAACAAGUGCUCAGCAUAUGUGGGAACUCCUUCAAGACUGUUGGAAAAGCAUUCCAGGUGAAGCUGGUUGAGAGAAUGCCAAGAGUGUUUAAAGCUCUCAUCAAGGCAAAGUGUGGCUAUUUGAAGAAUCUCAAAUCUCAAAUAUACAGUGGGGAGAACAAGUAUUUGAUACACUGCCGAUUUUGCAGGUUUUCCUACUUACAAAGCAUGUAGACGUCUGUAAUUUUUAUCAUAGGUACACUUCAACUGUGAGAGACGACCAACCAGUAAGAAUUCCGGCUCUCACAGACCUGUUAGUUUUUCUUUAAGAAGCCCUCCUGUUCUCCACUCAUUACCUGUAUUAACUGCACCUGUUUGAACUCGUUACCUGUAUAAAAGACACCUGUCCACACACUCAAUCAAACAGACUCCAACCUCUCCACAAUGGCCAAGACCAGAGAGCUGUGUAAGGACAUCAGGGAUAAAAUUGUAGACCUGCACAAGGCUGGAAUGGGCUACAGGACAAUAGGCAAGCAGCUUGGUGAGAAGGCAACAACUGUUAGCGCAAUUAUUAGAAAAUGGAAGAAGUUCAAGAUGACGCUCAAUCACCCUCGGUCUGGGGCUCCAUGCAAGAUCUCACCUCGUGGGGCAUCAAUGAUCAUGAGGAAGGUGAGGGAUCAGCCCAGAACUACACGGCAGGACCUGGUCAAUGACCUGAAGAGAGCUGGGACCACAGCCAGGGCAACUAAGGAGUGGCUCCGUAAGAAGCAUCUCAAGGUCCUGGAGUCUGGAGCCUAGCCAGUCUCCAGACCUGAACCCAAUAGAACAUCUUUGGAGGGAGCUGAAAGUCCAUAUUGCCCAGCGACAGCCCCGAAACCUGAAGGAUCUGGAGAAGGUCUGUAUAGAGUGGGCCAAAAUCCCUGCUGCAGUGUGUGCAAACCUGGUCAAGACCUACAGGAAACGUAUGAUCUCUGUAAUUGCAAACAAAGGUUUCUGUACCAAAUAUUAAGUUCUGCUUUUCUGAUGUAUCAAAUACUUAUGUCAUGCAAUAAAAUGCAAAUUAAUUACUUAAUGUAAUUAAUACAAUUUGAUUUUCUGGAUUUUUGUUUUAGAUUCCGCCUCUCACAGUUGAAGUGUACCUAUGAUAAAAAUUACAGACCUCUACAUGCUUUGUAAGUAGGAAAACCUGCAAAAUCGGCAGUGUAUCAAAUACUUGUUCUCCCCACUGUAUGUUCAUUUGUUUAACACUUUUUUGGUUACUACAUGAUUCCAUAUGUGUUAUUUCAUAGUUUUGAUGUCUUCACUAGUAUUCUACAAUGUAGAAAAUAGUAAAAAUUAAGAAAAACCCUUGAAUGAGCAGGUGUUCUAAAACUUUUGACUGGUAGUGUACUUUCACUUAUUUACUUGUAUCUAUUUUUUGCCCUUUUAAGGCAAGUCAAAACACAUAGCCUGCCGGGACUUACCCUAUUAUAUUUUUAUGUCACGUGUAGCAUUCUUAGACAAAAAUAAAAUCAUGUAUGAGGAAGUUGUCUGUAGGUUGUUUUUGUCAUAUCGACUCGUGCUGGAAUGUUGCUAGGUGACAGAGGGCAUCAUGCAUGCCAUUGUGUUUCCCUAAAUAUAUGUUGGAAACUUUCCCGGCACUUGGAGCCAAUGAAACUGAUUGCUUUGAAUAGUUAUGCUUCUUGAUUAUAUAUUGUAUUACAUUAUCUCACCCACACACAUAAACAUAGACAUCAUACAGGCACACACACCCACCCUCUCUUUCUACCCACACACACACACAUGCACACAUGCACACACACACGCACACACACUCACACACCCUCCGAGUCUCAAGCCCCUCUCUCUCUCUCCCUCUCUCUCUCUCUCUCUCUCUCUGUCCUGUCCAUAGAAAAGUGUAAAGGAAGGGAUCCUAUUGAAACAGACCAGUUCUUUCCAGAGAUGGAAGAGGAGGUACUUCAAACUGAGAGGCCGGACACUUUACUAUGCCAAAGACUCCAAGGUAAUUGUGUAUGUGUUUAUUACUCCAAUUGUUUUUUGGCAUAGUUUUUGGGGAUCUUUUCAAACAGCUCUUACACUAAAAGGGCAUAAUCAUAAUUUUCACAAUUCCCCAGUAUUAUUCCAACCUCAUAGUGUGGAAAUCUAUAUAAAACACAGGAAAAUUCUGUUUUAGACUGCACUGGGCCUUUACGACUUUUUUCUUCAUUCAUAGAGGAUGAUUAGAUGCUGUCUGUUUUGUUUUUGGUUUGUUUAACUCGGUUCCAUUUUUUUGGGUUGUCCAUCAGUCUCUGAUAUUUGACGAGGUGGACCUAUCAGACGCCAGCGUGGCUGAGACGAGUACCAAGAACAUCAACAACAGCUUCACGGUAACCAUGACGACACCCUACCUAUACCGUAACCAUGACUACAGCUACACAGUAACCAUAAUGACCACCAUGACUACACCUUUAUUCCAAUUUUAUUACACUCUAAACUGCUUCACUGCAAAACUAUAGGACUUGGUAUGUCUUUGUACAUCUACAGUACUAUGUAUUCUUAUACAGCCUGUCCCUCCCUCCCUCCCUCCUUCCCUAUCUCUCUCUCGCUCUCGCUCCCUCUCCCCCCUCUCUCUCUCUAGGUGAUCACUCCAUUCAGGAAGUUGAUGCUGUGUGCUGAGAGCAGGAAAGAGAUGGAGGAUUGGAUCGGUGCUCUGAAGUCUGUACAGAAAUGGGAAACUUACGAGGUAAGCACUCAUCCUCUCAUCCCUCCAUCCGCCAUCCCCUCAAGCUUUUAUCUUUUCAUUCUUUCAUUCAUUCAUUCGUUCUCACCCUUUUGCCUUUGACUGUACUUUUGUUUUAUUCUAUAGUCCUGUUUCUGGUAUUUGCCUGUUCAUUUCGAAUAGAUGUAUUGGUAACAGUGGGUACUUCUCAUCAACUCAAUUGGUAGCAUUUAGCAUUUAGCCAUUUCGUACCAUUGGUACAAAAUGAUGCAUCAGUGUUGUAUUUGCUUUCAUACAGAAAGGUGAAAACUCUCUAUCUAUUUUACACCUUUCAAACCAAUAAAUUUUUCCUCCAACUUUAGCAUCCCACCAACUUUUUGCAGACUUUUCUUUAUAUAUGUAAGGUAUUGCCGGGACAAAGCCUCUGCUUUUCUUUCCGCCAACUGACCUAGUCAUGAUUGCGGUAAAGUUCUGCCUACAGCUUAGUAUGAAAUGUAGCCAUAAUGCUGAGGCAGCAUUGGCAUGGACUACGCUCUUAAGGUCUUGAUGGUUGCUAGGCAGCACCCAUUACUACUAUCCUUCUGCCAGUUCUAAACAUUGUGAGGCGUGUCACUUCACCCAUCUCUUUGCAUAGCCCACCACAUGCACUAUUUUCUUAACCACAACUAGAUGGAUCCAUAAAGAAUUACUGUGGGAAUAAAUAUUGGACUAAAGUAGGCUAAUGCAAUUGAAGGUAUCAAAUUGUUGCUUAUUGAAACUCCCAAAGUCAUCCAAUUGUUAUAAUACAUUUGAAGCAAUAGCUUACCUGCGUAUGUUCAAUUAUUUCAGCACUGUUUCCGUUGCUUUGAGACAAUUGUGGGGACUUGUCUUGAUAAAUUAAUCAAUGUCAGAUUUGUCUUUUCACUGAAUCUCCGUUUGGAUAUUGGUUAGGCUACAAUUAGGCUGUGGAAAUGUUAGCUAAGUUGAGGUGAGUGCUGUUCAUGAUCAUCUUGUCUAGUUGGCUCAUCACUCGCAGUCUCCUAGUAGCCUAGGCCUCCUCCCGACCUAAAGCCUGUGACUUGUCUUAAUCAAUCAAUAUGAUUUUGUUUCACUGAAUCUCCAUCUGUAUAUUUGGUUAAUUCUCUGGCUGGGCAAAUACACUAUAUAUACAAAAGUAUCUGGACACCCCUUCAAAUAAGUGGAUUUGGCUAUUUCAGCCACACCUGUUGCUGACAGGUGUAUAAAAUCGAGCACACAGCCAUGCAAUCUCCAUAGACAAACAUUGGCAGUAGAAUGGCCUUACUGAAGAUCAAAGUGACUUUCAAUGUGGCACUGUCAUAGGAUGCCACCUUUCCAACAAGUCAGUUCAUCACAUUUCUGCCCUGCUAGAGCUGCCCCGGUCAACUGUAAGUGCUGUUAUUGUGAAGUGGAAACGUCUAGGAGCAACAACGGCUCAGCCACGAAGUGGUAGGCCACACAAGCUCACAGAACGGGACCGCCGAGUGCUGAAGCACGUAGUCUGUAAAAAUCGUAUGUCCUUGGUUGCAACACUCACUACCGAGUUCCAAACCGCCUCUGGAAGCAACGUCAGCACAAGAACUGUUCGUCUGGACCUUCAUGAAAUGGGUUUCCAUGGCCUAGCAGCCGCACACAAGCCUAAAAUCACCAUGCGCAAUGCCAAGCGCCGGCUGGAGUGGUGUAAGCUCGCCGCCAUUGGACUCUGUUAUGACGAGUUUCUCUGGUAUCUCGUACUUCAGGAUGUAAGAGAAUAUUUAAACACUUAGAUGGAGAGUUGAUUCAUAGUUAUUUAAUGGUUACAGUACUGGAUUCGUAUGACAAGCGGUACGGGCGUAGCCUAUUGUCAUCCAAAUUACUUUACAUAGAAAACCUCUCAGUUUAUAUAAUGCUUUCGGAGCUAAUUCCAUCCACCAGUUGCCAACCAUUAUUGAGUGCCACUCAUCUCCUACAAUAGGAUCCCCCUACAUGGUAUCGUGUGGCACCCUAGCCAGGCCAUUCCAUCACAUACUCCUUCUAAGAUUAGCACCAGUGGCCCCCAAUCUAUCUUGGCACGCAGACCUUCUGUCACCCACCAGUAACAUAACUAACACAUGGCGUGUCCUUAUCCUCUCUAUAUGAGAUCAACGACAUUAACCAAUACUGUAUAAAAAGUCGUUAUAUCAAUCCCCCCUUUCAUUAUUUUGCUGUUGUAAGUGAAAUUCCACAGAUAUAACAUUACUUGAAACAAACAAACAAAACAUACAAAUGAAUUCCUAACCUCCUGACAUCAUUCCAUAAAAUACAUUGAUUCAUGACAAUAUGUAAGUUACAUGUAGACUACAAUAUCGACUGAGGUAGUCUUGUUUCCACAUUUUCAAUCCUGUCUUUCUCUAAUAUAUUUCCCAUAGUUUUAGUUAAUUUCCCAAAACCUUCCUAUUCUGAUGGCAAGUAUGUACAAAUGCAUCUGCCUCUAUAAUCGCAUACAUUCCCCCUUUAUCUACUGUAAUAGCAUCCAAUGCUAUGUGAUUAUCAAUUGCAUAGUGUCCAAUGAGUGACAUUUCAGACCCAAUUGCUUGAAAAUCCAAGACUGUUAAUAGUUACAAUAUUCAACUCUGUUCAACCCUGACUCUGUUCCCAUAAUAUGACUGAGGAGAGAUACAAAGAAUAACACUCUGGUUUCAGUCCCUGUUAAAUCAGUACAGCCUUGGACUAGUUAGGAUUGAGGAAUUCAACCAAAGGUCACACACACAAAACCCCAUGAUAGGAACCAAUUAAGUUAUUGCCUAGCAACAGAGAUAUGUACCACUCUAAACAUCCACAUCAAUCCCCCCUCUUUGGGAAUACAUAGUCCCAUAUCAAUACCUACAAAUACUUCAAAUGUAUAUAGUGACUAACAUGUGAAUACAGUAACCUAAUAAUCAACAUGUUCAUGAUAUCAGUCACAAUCCUUACAUUAACUUACAUGUUUCAAACAGUAAGAUUCAAACAGUUCUACUCGAAAUAAAUCAUAUAAGUGUAUCCUAAGACAUUACAAUAAGGUAUCGCUGUUUUAACCAUAAUAUCUAUUUAAGACAGUUAUCUCGCAUUUGUACAAGCAAUACCCUUCCUGCUGAAAAUAGUUUCAACAUCUUUAGUUACUAAUAUAUACUAAUGAUUUACUUAAAUCACUCAGUCAUCUUAUAAAUUAUAACCAAAACCAAAUUACUUAUCUCAACCAAAUUUAGAAUUACAAUUCUUAGUGAUUCACAUGGGUCCUUAUCAAUCAAAGUUAAAACCCUCAACUUUAGCACCCAUUCCAACUGUCAGAGUGAACACGUAUAUUAACAUACAGUAUAAAUAUCCAUAAUUCUAUUAUGACCUUCCUCAUCCUGAGAAUAACUACAGAUCAUUAUCUCAAUGCAUUCUUAGUACUACCCAAAUUAGCAAAUGUAGAUAAAUCCAAAUGUAUUAUCGACACAGCUAACCAACCCCUUCCUUCCCCGGCACUUAAAUCUUCUGGCGUCUCUUCAUGAUCUUCUUCAGACAGCUUCAUAGUUCAAAAUGACUUGCCCAUGACAAUGUCCCAACUUCAAUGUCUCAUCCGAGUCACCACCAUCUCUACACCCCCUUGUGUCUUGUCCAUUUGCCAACUAGUAUACCAACAACAUGAGAAAUGUUGUAUUUGAACAGAUCUUUCUCCAUUCUCACUCAAUGGUGGACUCUUGUCCCACUCCCUCGAGAUAAAAAAACAUGAAAAAAAUCAGUUGAUAGCUUCGAUUGGCUGUUGUAGACCAGUUGCAGGUAAAAGUGGUGCUGUAUAGGAACAUCUUCAACGCCUCUGAUAUUAAUCUUCAGCCGGUUCAGAGAUUGUUUCUUUUUUUAGGUUCACACCCUUCUAGGCCAAAUUAUCCCUGCUAUGCAUCAAGACACCAUCUGUAUUUACCUCAAUAGAAGACAGAACAUAACAGUUUAAUUGAGUUAAUUUCUAAUCCAAUAAAUCCAUAAAGCAUUGACUAUAUGACAAAUUAUUAUGUUUUACCAAUUAUUCUUAAUACACAUUUCUAAUAUACUCCCCAAUUUCUGUUAGGGAAACCCUCCAUAGACAGAUAAAUUAAUGGUGUGAAAGUCAGGUGAUUCUUGAAAUUCUGGAAAAUCUUGAAUUUCUUGGAGGUCUGUCCCUCCGCCGAGGGAAUCAGACAGAACACGUAGCUCAUCAGUAGCAUUCCCCUUGCCAUCAUCUCCCAUCUCCUGAUCCUUGUCAGCUCCAGCAUCCUCAGCUCCCUCAUCUCUAGGUCGUCGGUUUCCUCGUAGUACUCUGUUGCAGUGGUUUAGAUGACCAGGUCGAUCUCCCCUCUAUCCGUACAUCCGUUCGUGUAGACUGGGUGACGAUGUAUGGUCCUUUUAGCUCUGAACCUUCUUCCGUCACUAGGGUCUAGGAUCAUGCAGAGUCCUUCUCCAUUUUUCAAUGUCGCUCUGUGGAGUGUGUCCUUCUGGCAGCGUACUAAUAGGGAAGUUGAGAGUCCCUGCUGCAAAGACACACAGACACAGACAGACACAAAAUAAAACAAUGCUCCGCCGUGGCGGUGCAAUCUUCCUCCUCUGGGUUGGAACAGUCCUACAGUGGGUCACAUAGAUGCAGGUAUCUCUCUCUGCUACUUUCCCCUCCACCGAGGUAGCCAGCAACACCUAGUACUGACCUCCCCACCUGGGUUUUGUCCAUCUCUUACUUCUGUAAUCCUUUACCGCCAGUCUCCAGGGCGCAGACAAUUCCCAGAUUCUACUGUUAGGUAUGGCAGAGAAGCCUUCACCCAUGGGAAGAAAGUCUUAACAACAUUGUUAGGUGCGACACCGUAUGCUACUAUACACUGUCUUCUUAUCAGUCUGGAGACGCCUUGAUAUUAGGAAGUGCACAUACUUGCAGCUUGUUAUAGGUCAUUAGUUUCAUAGGCAGGCCUCCUCUACACCCUGCCUCCUACCACAAAUACACUUAUCUAACCCAUAACACAUUAAUUACUACUGCUCAUAUUCUUAAUACAAUUUGCAUAUUUAUCAAAAAGCCUCAUGCGACCAGUACUUCCCCCCUUUGGACACAUGACUCACAUCGUGAUUCAUGCGUUCAAAAAAACAAAACAACAAUGAGAUUAAAAUGACAACUUUUGAUAAUACCUUAACUUAAUUGUAUCUCAUAAAGUAAUUCAAGUAAUAUCAAAAUUGACUAGCGCCAGGUGUUCCUCUUUCAGGACUAGCUCUCUCACUCUGACCUUGUUAUGGUCCGAAUCAUAUAUAGGACUAUUGCGAAAUUAUAAACUUCUUCAAAAUUCUCAGUAUUAUAAAUUACCCUCAACUCGGUAUAAUAAAUUACCUUAAAUUCCUCCUCCCAUGCCUCUUGGCUUUCCAGUGUGGGUGAUCAAUUCGCACUAGAAAGUCAGGACAUAGUUCAGAGGUCAUUCAACCCUUCAAAGAAGUGUUCCAUUCUAUAGUAUAGACUAAUCAUUAACAAGAGUCAAAACUCACUCAUAAAACAAAAAACUUCUGAAAGUUCUGUGUGUGUUCCUUUAAGACUUAUCAUCACUGACCCGUUAAAACCCCCUAAAAUAAAAAUAAAAACCAUAUAUAACCAUUAUAGUAGGUGGAUUGUGUGUGGUUAUUUGAAAAAACAUAUUGGAAAACAACAAACAAAAAUAGCCAGGCCUUAUUUAUUUUGGUAGCUCCCUCUUACGACCUUAUUAUAAGACUGCCGAAUUCUACUAACUGCUCCCCCUAGCCCACAGACUUAGGAAACAUCUCAAUGAGAGAUAAGGAAAUCCCAAUUUUCCUGGAAGAGAAAGUAUACAUUUCGUUAACAUUCAAUUAUAAUCAGCAAUCCAAAAAUAGUAAUUACACACAAAACAUGAUGCAGAUAUACACUGUCCUAUACACUGUCCUGGGCUCCCGAGUGGCGCAGCGGUCUAAGGCACUGCAUCUCAGUGCUUGAGGCGUCACUACAGGCCCCCUGGUUCGAUUCCAGGCUGUAUCACAACCGGCCGUGAUUGGGAGUCCCAUAGGGCGGCGCACAAUUGUAUAAAAUAAAAUAAACAUCAAUAAUCGUUUGUUUCAAUCUAAUUCCUCAUAACUACUCCAGAAGACGUUAUAUCAGACUCUUACGCGUUCUCUGGAGUGAUGAAUCACGGUUUGGCGGAUGCCAGGAGAACGCUACCUGCCCGAAUGCAUAGUGCCAACUGUAAAGUUUGGUGGAGGAGGAAUAAUGGUCUGGGGCUGUCCCUUAGUUCCAGUGAAUGGAAAUCUUAACGCUACAGCAUACAAUGACAUUCUAGAUGAUUCUGUGCUUCCAACUUUGUGGCAACAGUUUGGGGAAGGCCCUUUCCUGUUUCAGCAUGACAAUACUGCCGUGCACAAAGCAGGGUCCAUACAGAAAUGGUUUGUCGAGAUCGGUGCGGAAGAACUUGACUGGCCUGCACAGAGCCUGACCUCAACCCCAUCGAACACCUUUGGGAUGAUUUGGAACGCCGACUGCGAGCCAGGCCUAAUCGUCCAACAUCAGUACCCGACCUCAAUAAUGCUCUUGUGGCUGAAUGGAAGCAAGUCCCCACAGCAAUGUUCCAACAUCUAGUGGAAAGCCUUCCCAGAAGAGUGGAGGCUGUUAUAGCAGCAAAGGGGGGACCAACUCCAUAUUAAUGCCCAUGAUUUUGGAAUGAGAUGUUCGACAAGCAGGUGCCCACAUACUUUUGGUAAUGUAGUGUAAGUGGUCGUGGUAUAGCUCACCUAUUCGUUUGCUCAUCUAUCACUGAUCAGAAACAUUUAGCAUGCAAUAAUGUAGCCCAAAUCAAGUGUAGAUUUGAUUUAUUUGCUCGCGUGUAGGCAACUCCAAAAGCCUGCGGAGGUUGUGAAAUAUGAACACGAGACUCAGAUGCUUUCGAAAAUAGAAUUUAUAUUAUUUUCUGUCAGUAUCAUGAUGAAGAUACUCUCAAUGUAAGAUCCUACGCCUGCUCCCUAACAAAGUGGAGUGAGGGUAAGAAAGAGAUGAAACGUGGACAAAAAAGCAUGGGCUUGGGCUCUGUUUCCAAAUAUCACUUUUGUUAUAUGACAGCGGAUCCACACAUUCCCGUGACACAAGUUGUGUGGGAAAAAUAUGAAUAGUAUUUUAUUAUUUUAUAUUCCAUUAUAUUCUUACUACAACAUUUACACUCAGUGACCAGUUUAUUAGGUAAACCAAUCUAGUACCGGGUCAGACCCCCCUUUAUCUCUAGAACAGCCUGAAUUCUUCGGGGAAUAGAUUCUAUGUUCAGAUAGGCUGUGGCGUUCAAACGUUGCAUUCCCCACACCAUUAUACUACCGCCACCAGCCUGUACCGUUGACACCAGACAGGCCAUGGACUCAUGCUGCUUACGCCAAAUCCUGACUCUGCCAUCAGAGUGAUGCAACAGGAACCAGGGUUUGUCGGACCAGGCAAUGUUUUUCCACUCCUCAAUUGUCCAGUAUUGGUGAUCGUGUGCCCACUGGAGCCACUUCUUCUUGUUUUUAGCUGAUAGGAGUUUAACCCGGUGUGGUCGUCUGCUGCAAUAGCCCAUCCGUGAUAAGGACCGACGAGUUAUGCGUUCCGAGGUGCCAUUCUUUACAUCACUGUUGUACUGCACCGUUGUUUGUGGCUCGCCUGUUAUCUUGCACGAUUCUUGCCAUUCUCCUUCGACCUCUCUCAUCAACAAGCUGUUUUCGCCCAUAGGACUGCUGUUGACUGGAUGUUUUUUGUUUGUCGCACCAUUCUUGGUAAACCCUAGACACUGUCGUGUGUGAAAAGCUCAGGAAGCCGGACGUUUCUGAGAUACUGGAACUAACGCGCCUAGCACAGACGAUCUUACCAUGCUCAAAGUUGCUUAGGUCACUCGUUUUGCCCAUUCUAACGUUCAAUCGAACAGUAACUGAAUGCCUCGAUGCCUGUCUGCCUGCAUGUCUGUAGGAACUAACCAUUUUCGUAAACGGGGUGGUGUACCUAAUAAACUGUGUGAGUGUAUGUGUGUUGACUGUGAUCGGGGCAAGUAUGUCUUGUCUGUUUAAUGAACACAACUACUGAUUUAAUUCAUUUGGAUGUAACAUAACUAAACACAAAAUAUGCCAGUCUAUUGUUUUGAAAAUAUAUUUUAUUAGUCUUCUAAUGUUUCUUAGGACCUGCCUAAUCAAAUUAAUAAUGGAUUUUUUUAUUGAUGGUGUAUAUUCAAUGGAUUUAAUCAAAUAGAGGCCCACCCACAUCUGCACAUCACUGCUACCACUCGUCACGGCAUGCCUGCAUUCGUACGGGAGGUAUAAAAGGCGUAUGCAGGCAAGAAUAUGGUAUUGAUGGACCUGUUUGUAAGGGGGUCAUAUAAACAUCGGCCAAUUUAUUUAAAAAAAAAACAUAAAUCCUAUGUGAAAGCAGUAUUUCUCUCUCUCAUUCUUAAACAUUUAUUUACUCAUUAUAAGUGGAUUUGAGUAAAAGUUGCAUAUUCUCUCUCUCUUCUCUCCCUCCCCCUCUCUCUCUCCCUUCCUUUGUCUCUCUCUCCCUCCAUCUCUCUCUGCAGGCCAGUCUAUUCAAUAUGGAACAUUUUUCUGGGAUGCAUAACUGGUACGCCUGCUCCCACGCCAGACCCACCUUCUGUAAUGUGUGUAGAGAGGCCCUCUCUGGAGUCACCUCCCAUGGACUGUCCUGCGAAGGUAAACACACACACACACACCACCUUCUGUCAUGUCUGUAGAGAGGCCCUCUCCAGACUCACCUCCCACGGACUGUCCUGUGAAGAAACACACACAAGCACACUAUUUUCAUUCAUGCAACUUUACAUCCACAGCUUUAAUUCAAAGCAAUGAAACAGGUUAAAAUUAGAUGGUUACUUGGACAAAAGUUGUAGCUAGUUUGUUGGUUUCCAAACAAACGCUCUCUCUCUCUUUGCCUCAUUCUCUCUCCCUCCCCCAGUGUGUAAGUUCAAAGCCCAUAAGCGCUGUGCGGUGCGCUCCACCAACACCUGUAAAUGGACCACGCUGGCCUCCAUAGGAAACGACAUCAUGGAGGAUGACGAAGGGGUGGGUAACACAAAGUCUCUUUAUACCGCAAUGUUUUUUCAUUGACUUAGCAGCAUCAUUCCCUCUUCUUAUGCUCAUUAAAACACUGAUCAAGUAAAACAACCUAGCUGGUCUAAGCCGCUGCCUCCACAAUAUUUUAUCAGUGCAAGCGUGGGUUCGAAUCAAAUUUACUGCUAUUCUAGUACAUCCUUUCUCCCACUCCUCCUACAUUUCCUGUCAGUAUUUCACUCACCUUUCUAAUGAAUAUGGAUUAAUAUGAAAGAAGUGGGACUGUCAUACAGUAAGGCUUUAAAAAAGGAAUGAAAAGUAAAAGAUAUCUUACAUGUGUGCAUAUUCGAUAUGUGUGUGUUCACAGGUCUCCAUGCCUCAUCAGUGGUUAGAGGGGAACCUGCCAGUCAGUGCAAAGUGUGUGGUGUGCGACAGGAACUGUGGCAGUGUCAGGAGACUGCAGGACUGGAGAUGUCUAUGGUGCAAGGCUAUUGUGAGUCUACACACACACACACAGUAUCUGAACGUCACGCUUUAAGCCAAAAACACAUCACACACUCCAUCAUAAGCUGUGGUAUCCAUAGUGAUGCUACAGGAUUCUGGGAAAGUGUUAGAUCUAAAAGGUCAUUGGAUGAAAAUGUCACCUUUCUAACAUUCUAAAUACCACCCCUGAUUCAUGGUGUGUGUGUGUGUGUGUGUGUGUGUGUGUGUAUAGGUGCACAGCAGCUGUAAGGAGCAGAUGGGAAAGGCGUGUCCUCUGGGUCAAUGUCGGGUGUCAAUCAUUCCUCCCACAGCCCUCAAUAGUAUCGACUCUGACGGUGAGACACACACGCCACACUUUCUCUCUUUCUCAUACCCACACACACAAACGAGGAUGGUCGGAUUCAUUCAAACGCUAUCUUCUUCUUCUUCUUCUCGCUUUUCCUUUGUGACUUUUCCUCCCUUGACCUUGAACUCUGUAACGUUUUCAAACCAGGGUCAAGGUAAAGUUGCCAGGAAAGGAAAAAAGGCCAAAUCUCAGAAACAAUCCGAAUGCACCUGUAAGGGAAAAUGUUAUUGUCUGAAGAGAUAGCCUUGAAUUGUACACAGUAUCUUCUCUGCUCUAUCUUGGUUUAUGCAGGUGACUGUAACUUCCUCCUCAGACCAAUUGGCAGAACACCCAGAAUAUGUUCUGGAAGUUAAGAUAGGAGAUAUUGCUCAGUUUCUUGGGAAACUGAGCCCACAUGAUAACAGCCAGUUACCUACAGGAACCAACCCUAUGAACCAUGCCUAUGUAGCUUUUUUGUGUAGCAGUAUAUAAUAGGAAUGAAGGGACCACCCUGGCAGAGCUUGUGGCAGACUUGUACUUUGUACGUGUGUUUGUUGUAACCUCUCUGAUAAUAAAGAGUUAUUCAUUUAAUAUUGACUUCAGGUGUCCCUGGUGUUGAAUUUCCACCACACACCCUAAGAGUGAAGACAACCACACACCUACAACCCAAAACUAAACCUGUAUUUUUUAUCUUUCUCUUCAGGCUUUUGGAAGGCCACCUCUCCCUCCUGCACCUCCCCUCUCCUGGUGCUGUGUAACUCUAAGAGCGGAGACAACCAAGGGGUUAAGUUUCUAAGGAAAUUCAAACAGCUGCUCAACCCUGCACAGGUCUUUGACUUGAUGAACGGAGGACCACAGCUGGGGUAAGAGUGAGACAUCCUGGUUGUGUUAUAAUGUAUUUGAUUGAUGACCUUUGGGUAACACUUUACUUUAAGCCUACAGGUAUAAGGCUUUAUAACUUGUUAAAAGCACAUAUGUGGCUUUAUAAUGUCUAUUGAAGGUUCAUAAUACUGGUAUUUAGUCAGGAUCAUUAUGAGAUGAUAUUAUGACAUUAAAAGGAGGUUAUACAUGCCCAUGAUGCCCAUCUUAAUGCAUUAUAAAGGCAUCAGGGACUACAGAUGAAAGUUAGCUAUCUAGCUAAAUCUGGUGCAAUAGCAUGUUGUACAUAGUCCCUGACAGAUAAACAACAACAACAAAAAUUAUAAGUAAUUAUACCUGCUUUAAGUAAAGUAUUACCAAUCUUUCUUAUUAAUGUUGAUCAUUUGUAACAAUCUUUGACUAUUGGCUAUGAGAAGUGCUCCACUGAUUCCACCUCUCUCCUCUCCUUUCUCCCAUUAUCCUCUGUUUCUCUCCCUCUCUUCUCUAGUCUGCGUGUGUUCCAGAAGUUUGCUACGUUUCGUAUCUUGGUGUGUGGCGGGGACGGCAGUGUUGGCUGGGUCCUGUCUGAACUGGAUAAACUCAACCUGCACAAACAAGUAAGUCUAAGAGAAAGAGAGAGAGAGAGAGAGAGAGAGAGAGAGAGAGAGAGAGAGAGAGAGAGAGAGAGAGAGAGAGAGAGAGAGAGAGAGAGAGAGAGAGAGAGAGAGAGAGAGAGAUUCUGACCAGUAACAUUCUCUUCAUAUGUCUGUGUGUAUAUAUCUUCAAAUAUGUCUUGAUAGCUGUUCUGUGUGUUUCAUACCCCUCCACUCUCUCUCCCAUCUUCCCCUCACCACCCUCCCUCCAGUGUCAGCUAGGUGUCCUCCCUCUGGGUACAGGUAAUGACCUAGCCAGGGUCCUGGGAUGGGGAGGACUAUGUGAUGAUGAUGCUCAACUGCUACAGAUCCUGGAGAAGCUGGAGCGAGCCACCACCAAGAUGCUUGACAGGUAUUUAUUAUCUGAAAGGUAUUUACUAUCUGAACGGUAUUUACCAUCUAAAAGGUAUAAACUGUAAGUGAUAACAUACAAUCUGGACUUUCCAAAACCGUAUCUUCUAAGACUGGAUGAGCAACUUUCUCUAUGGUUAUCAUACUAGAGAAGGAUUAAGGUAAUCUGUUUAGUCUACAAAAUAAUCUAAUAAAUGAUGUCAAUAUGUUGAGUGAGUCAGAAUAACUGUCAGUGUCAUUUGUCCCGAUCUCAUUGGUUGAUAUGCUGCGAUUUCCUGGAAUUUGACAUCAGUGUGUGUUUGUGUUUGUGUUCUCAGGUGGAGUGUGAUGACAUACGAGCUGCCUACCAAACACUAUCCCAUGGUGAAGGAAGACGAUUUUAGUCCCGACUCCCCCUUACAGGUACCUAGGGCUCAGGUUUGAUCCGAAAUGACACCACAGUUAUUCUAAUUACACAAGCUUUAACAUGAAACCGUCUGUUUCUCGUUGAGCCAAAAUGACACCACAGUUUAUCACAAUACACAAGUUGUUUCUUUGAGCCAAAAUGACACCACAGUUUUUCUAAAUACACAGGCUUCAUCAUGAAACUGGUUGCUGAUAAGUCAGUAUUUUGGCUAUUUGUGUGAAAUGCCCAAUAAUGUAUGUGAUAUCAACAGAGAGGUAUAUUUUCUGGGUGUCCUUAAUAUUGACUAGUUGUCAUCAAGCUGUCCUCUCAAAAAGAAGCUUCAAGCUGCCUACAAUCUGGUUCAGGUUAUCAGUCAACCUACCAGAGUAUUUACAGUACAAACAGAACAGGAACUAAAUAACCUAAAAAUUGUGUAUAAGCGAUCAUACAAGGCAAACAUACAAUAAAUUGAGAAAUCACGUAACUAAACUAAAAAAAAAGAAGAAUAAACUUUACUAUGGAGCAAAAAUAAAUGAUAUAAAGAAUGAUAGUAAAAAGCUCUUGAGUACCUUUAAUUAAAAUCUAGGGAAAAAAAUGAACUAGGCUCCAUCCUUAAUUGAGGCAGAUGGCUUGUUCAUAACAAAACCCUUUGAUAUUGAAAACCACUUUAAUAACUUCAUUGUUGACAAGAUUAGCAAACUUAGGCAUGACAUGCUAACAACAAACGCUGAGCCUUCAUAUUCAUGCAUAACGGACCAAAUAAUGAAAGACAUGCAUUGAAGUUUUGAGUUCCGCAAAGUGGGUUUGGAAGAAAUUGUUGCUAUCUAUAAAUAAGGACAAGCCACCUGUUACCGACAACCUGGAUGGUAAAUUGCUGAGGUUGGUAGCAGAAUACAUUGAGACUACUGUUUGCCACAUAUUCAAUUUAAGUCUAGAAGACAGUGUUUGCCCUCAGGCAUGGAGGGAGGAAAAGGUCAUUCCACUGCCCAAAAAUAGCAGGGCACCCUUUAAUGGUUUAAGCAGCCAACCAAUCAGCCUGUUACCAGUGCUUAGCAAACUUUUGGAAAGAUUGUGUUUGACCAAAUACAAAGUUAUUUUACAGAAAACAAAUUAACAACAGACUUUCAGCAUGCUUAUAGGGAAGGGCACUUAACAUGCUUGGCACUGACACAAAUUACUGAUGAUUGGCUGAAAUACAUGAAAGACUGAAAGACAUGAUAGUAAGAAGAUUGUGGGAGCUGUUUUCUUAGACUUCAGUGCCGCUUUCGAUAUCAUUGAUCAUAACCUAUUGCUGAAAAAACGUAGGUGUUAUGGAUUUGCGUCCUCUGCCUUAUCAUGGAUUGAAAGUGACCUAUCUAAUAGAACACAAAGAGUUUUCUUUAAAGCUGCAAUAUGUAACUUUUUGGGCGACCUGACCAAAUUCACAUAGAAAUGUGAUUUAUGAUCUGUCAUUAUCAUUGAAAGCAAAUCUAAGUGGAAUAUCUGUUCUGUGUGCGCUAUUUCUAUGCUUCCCGUCCCUAAGUUUCAUUUUUGCGUCUUUUACUUUCGGUUUUGUACACCAGCUUCAAACAGCUGAAAAUACAAUAUUUUGGGUUAUGGAAAAUAUAUUUCACAGCGGUUUAGAUGGUACAAUGAUUCUCUACACUAUACUUGCUUGUUUUGACACAUAAACUGAAAUUAGGCAAAACAUUUGAAGUCGGAAGUUUACAUACACUUUAAAACUUGUUUUUCAACCACUCCACAAAUUUCUUGUUAACAAAUUAUAGUUUUGGCAAGUCGGUUAGGACAUCUACUUUGUGCAUGACACAAGUAAUUUUUCCAACAAUUGUUUACAGACAGAUUAUUUCACUUAUAAUUCACUGUAUCACAAUUCCAGUGGGUCAGAAGUUUACAUACACUAAAUUGACUGUGCCUUUAAACAGCUUGGAAAAUUCCAGAAAAGGAUGUCAUGGCUUUAUGAAGGUUCUGAUAGGCUAAUUGACAUCAUUUGAGUCAAUUGGAGGUGUAGCUGUGGAUGUAUUUCAAGGCCUACCUUCAAACUCAGUGCCUCUUUGCUUGACAUCAUGGGAAAAUCAAAAGAAAUCAGCCAAAACCUCAGAAAAGUAAUUGUAGACCUCCACAAGUCUGGUUCAUCAUUGGGAGCAAUUUCCGAACGCCUGAAGGUACCACGUUCAUCUGUACAAACAUAGUACACAAGUAUAAACACCAUGGGACCACGCAGCCGUCAUACCGCUCAGGACGGAGACGCGUUCUGUCUCCUAGAGAUGAACAUACUUUGGUGCGAAAAGUGCAAAUCAAUCCCAGGACAACAGCAAAGGACCUUGUGAAGAUGCUGGAGGAAACAAGUACAAAAGUAUCUAUAUCCACAGUAAAACGAGUCCUAUAACGACAUAACCUGAAAGGCCGCUCAGCAGGGAAGAAGCAACUGCAACCUCCAUAAAAAAGCCAGACUACGGUUUUCAACUGCACAUGGGGACAAAGAUCGUACUUUUUGGAGAAAUUUCCUCUGGUCUGAUGAAACAAAAAUAGAACUGUUUGGCCAUAAUGACCAUUGUUAUGUUUGGAGGAAAAAGGGGAUCACUUGCAAGCCGAAGAACACCAUCCCAACCGUGAAGCACGGGGGUGGCAGCAUCAUGCUGUGGGGGUGCUUUGCUGCAGGAGGGACUGGUGCACUUCACAAAAUAGAUGGCAUCAUGAGGAAGGGUAAUUAUGUGGAUAUAUUGAAGCAAAUUGAUAUUGAAGCAAAUUGAAGCAACAUCUCAAGACAUCAGUCAGGAAGUUAAAGCUUGGUCGCAAAUGGGUCUUCCAAAUGCACAAUGACCCCAAGUAUACUUCCAAAGUUGUGUCAAAAUGGCUUAAGGACAACAAAGUCAAGGUAUUGGAGUGGCCAUCACAAAGCCCUGACCUCAAUCCUAUAGAACAUUUGUGGGCAGAACUGAAAAAGCAUGUGCGAGCAAGGAGGCCUACAAACCUGACUCAGUUACACCAGCUCUGUCAGGAGGAAUGGGCCAAAAUUCACCCAACUUAUUGUGGGAAGCUUGUGGAAGGCUACCCGAACCGUUUGACCCAAGUUAAACAAUUUAAAGGCAAUGCUACCAAAUACUAAUUGAGUGUAUGUACAUUUCUGUGAUGAAAGAAAUAAAACCUGAAAUAAAUCAUUCUCUCUAUUAUUAUUCUGACAAUUCACAUUCUUAAAAUAAAGUGGUGAUCCUAACUGACCUAAGACAGGGCAUUUUUACUAGGAUUAAAUGUCAGGAAUUGUGAAAAACAGAGUUUAAAUGUAUUUGGCUAAGGUGUAUGUAAACUUCCGACUUCAACUGUAGGUGGGUCGCCUUGCACGAAUCCUUGGCUUGUGCGAGCUGGAAUGGCUCAUAGGGCAGGAGCCUGGUUCUGAAGCGUGAGGCAAAGCAGGAUUAUGUAGUAUGGUGUAGUGUUAUGUACAGUAUAUUAUGUAUAUUAUGUUAUAUAUUAUGUAUUUUAUUUGUUGUGUUUUGUUUCCUGUUUGGACCCCAGGAAGAGUCCCACUGCCUUGGCAGCGGCUAAUUGGGGAUCCCAAUAAAUACUUCUACUAACACUACUACUCUCUGAGUAAAUGCACAGGCUUUAUCAUGAAACUGGUUGUUCCUCUCCUCUCACGUCCAUAUCAGUCAGUAUGUGUAGGGCUCCAGUUUGAGCUGAAGUACCGACACAAUUUCUCAAAAUACACAGGCUUUUACAUUUAACUGCUUUUUACUCUCUUAGCCAAAAUGACACCACAGUUUCUCACAAUACACAGGCUUUUUAAUGAAAUUGUCAUUCCUCUCCCCUCAGGUCCACAUCACUCAGUAUGCAGACUCUGUGGCCUCCCACCUCACCAAGAUCCUGGACUCUGACAAACAUACAGAUGUCAUAUCCUCUGCCAAGUACGUGCAAUGUAUGCUGGGAUAGCCCAGUCCUCCAGAUGUGAUGGGGGGAUGGAGGGAGGAGGGAUAUGGGGGAGGGAAGGAUGAAGGAUGAGCGGGAGGAGGGAGGGCAAGAUUGAGAGAGGGGGAGAGUUGGAUCAUGUCUGAAUGUCUUGAGGAUGUCUGGAGUGAAGGAGGAGGGAGUAAAGCAGAGCGAGGGAGUGUCUCUGAAGAGGGAGGGAGUGGGGAAGGCUAGAAGAGAGAGGAGAGUGGGAGGGUGUCUGUGUGUCUCUCUGUAUUGAUUUUCUCCUCCCCCAAGGACACUGCUCAGUCCCUCUGCCAGCUGGGUCCUUACACAAGAUUAAACCUUACUUAGUACACUACUUGGGGGACAUUUGAAGUGCAUUAGACUAGAGACACUACUUUGGGGGCCUCCUUAGCGCUGUAGAGUGUACUACCUAGGGGACAUCGUCAGUGCAAUAGGGAAUGACAUGUCUGCUCUAUGCUUAUAUUGUGUACUUAUCUCUCUCUCCUGAAAUGUGAAGUACAGUAUGGUUUAUUGAAUUUACAUACAUAAUACAGGAAUGGAGAAAUAUAUUUCACACUUGUAUCUCUCGCUCUCUUCCUCUCUCUCUUCUUCCAUCCCACUCACCCUCUCUCUCUCUUUCUCUCUCUUUCUCCAUCCCUCUCCAUCUCUCUCUCUCUCUCUCUCUCUCUCUCUCUCUCUCCCUCUCCUCUCUCUCUCUCUCUCUCUCCUCUCUCUCUCUCUCUCUCUCUCUCUCUCUCUCUCUUCCUCCAUCCCACUCACCCUCUCUCCUGCAGGUUUUUGUGUGGAACGGUGAAUAAUUUUGUAGCGGAGGUGGGGAGAGCAUACGAGAGAGCCACAGAGAACAAGGAGGAGGCAGACACUAUGGCCAAGAAGGUGUGUGUGUGUGUGUGUGUGUGUGUGUGUGUGUGUGUGUGUGUGUGUGUGUGUGUGUGUGUGUGUACGUGCGUGUGUGUGUUUCUGCGUGCAUAAAUGUGUGUGUCUUACGUAACAGGUUGUAUAAUGCGGAUAACCAGUGGGCAGAGAGAGGUGGGUAGUGGUAGAGGAGCAUCUAGGUCAAUAGAAAAUCAAAAGGUUUGAGGUUUCAUUCCAAAUGGCACCUUAUUCACUUUAUAGUGCACUACUUUUGACCUGUAUGGUCAAAAGUAGUGCACUAUAUAGAGAAUAAGGUGCCAUUUGGGACGUAGACAGAGUGUGACGAGGUGUGAAUGAAGGAGUCAGGCACAGGAGGUAAAACACAGAAGUCCAGAGUUUAUUCCGUUCACAUAAAUAAAACGCACCCAGCGUCAUAACGAAACUAACAAGGGAAAAAUAAUCCACCUUGGCAAAUACACAUGGAAGAGUAUCUCAACCGAGCUACUCGCUCUCACAAUAAACAAUCACUCACAAAGACAAGGGGAACAGAGGGAACGCUGAUACACAUACUAAUUAGGGGAAUGAGCACCAGGUGUGUGUGAUUGACAAGACAAGACAUGACGAGUGGAGUGAUGAGAAUGGGAUUGGCAGUAGCUAGUAAGCCGGUGACGACGAAUGCCGAAACUUGCCCGAACAAGGAGGGGGGGAAGCCUCGGCGGAAGUCAUGACACAGAGGCAUUCUCUCCUGUCUAACUGUCUGGAAGCAAAGUGUAAUAUGCAGUAUGUUUUACUCUGAAUAUUUUUAAACGUCCACAUUUAUUAAUAUAUUCCAAUUUAGUGGAUCCUGGUUCUGCAAUAUUUACAUAAAUUACCUAUUGUAUUGUAUUUUUAUGAUAUCAUGCCGCAGUAUACAGUUCAUCCAAACUGAGUUGAACCGAGCUAAGUUGUUGAGCUCUCUCUCUCUCUCUCUCUCUCUCUCUCUCUCUCUCUCUCUCUCACUCUGUCUCUCUCUCCCUCAGUGUACCCUGUUGAAUGAGAAGCUGGACAGCCUGAUGAAGGGUUAGGGUUAGGACUAGUAUGUAUUGUAAUGUUUAUCUCUCCCUCAGUGUGCCCUGUUGAAUGAGAAGCUGGACAGCCUGGUAAAGGCUCUUAGUGAGGAGGCUGAUGCCCAGGUAGUCCCAGCCGGCAGUGUGCCACUCCAGGACGGGGACCAGGAGAGGGGUACAGACACCCCCGGAGGAGAACCCCGGCCCCCAUACAGGUUAGGGUUGGGGUCAAUUCAAGUAUGCGUCACUCAAUGGAGGAAGUGAUUUGAAAUUAAAAUUUAAAAAAUGUAAGAUUGACUUACUUGAAUUUGAAUUGUCUCCAAAUUUGCUAUAGGUCCAGAGAACAGCUGAUGCUGAGAGCUAACAGUCUGAAGAAAGCACUGAGACAGAUCAUAGAACAGGCUGAGCAAGGUACAACACACACACACAAACACUUAUAUAUAGAAACACACAUACACUAUAUGUACAAAAGUAUGUGGACACCCCUUCAAAUUAGUAGAUUUGGCUAUUUCAGCCACACCCGUUGCUGACAGGUGUAUAAAAUCAAGCACACAGCCAUGCAAUCGCCAUAGACAAACAUUGGCAGUAGAAUGGCCUUACUGAAGACCUCAGUGACUUCAACGUGGCACUGUCAUAGGAUGCCACCUUUCCAACAAGUCAGUUCGUCAGAUUUCUGCCCUGCUAGAGCUGCCCCGGUCAACUGUAAGUGCUGUUAUUGUGAAGUGGAAACGUCUAGGAGCAACAACGGCUCAGCCGCGAAGUGGUAGGCCGCACAAGCUCACAGAACGGGACCGCCAAGUACUGAAGACGUAGCGCGUAAAAAUUGUCUGUCCUCGGUUGCAACACUCACUACCGAGUUCCAAACUGCCUCUGGAAGCAACGUCAGCACAAGAACUGUUCGUCGGGAGCUUCAUGAAAUGGGUUUCCAUGGCUCUUGUGGCUGAAUGGAAUGUUCCAAAAUCUAGUGGAAAGCCUUCCCAGAAGAGUGGAGGUUGUUAUAGCAGCAAAAGGGGGGACCAGCUCCAUAUUCAUGCCAAUGAUUUUGGAAUGACAUGUUCAAUGAGCAGGUGUCUACAUACUUUUAGUCAUUGAGUGUAUAAUGAAUAGAUAUAUACACUGUAACACACACACACAUACAGAAGCGCUCAUGUAAUGCAAACGCCCACAUAAAAGCUCACAUAUACUGCUCUCUCUACCUCUCUCCCCCCACUCUCUCCCUCUUUCUCACUCCUUCUCUCUCUCUCCAGUGGUGGAUGAACAGAACAAACACACUCAUCUCCAGCGCAUGUCUUCCUCCUCCUCCAUCAAGAGAGAGAACAGUGAGGAACUGAAAGAGGCAGAGCCAUGUGAGUUACUACAGACACACGCACGCACUCACACAAACAUUUUUUAUUCAACAUUUUGAAUCCUACUCUAAAGAUACAUUCUAACUUCCAAUUGCAGUCAACAUUGUGGCCCUUACAUGUUUGGGCCACACUACUGAGUGGGAGGGCCCUGUAAAUGUUUCAAUUUAAAUAAAGAUGUUAGUUAAAAUCACACUUCAUGGUCCAUUUACCCAUAAUGCAUCUCUCAGGUCACGUCAGUUUAAGCCCCUCCUCCUCCACCAUCUUCCUGGAGAAACCAGAGAGUCUCAGCCCUCCGUCCUUCAACGAAGAGUAA